CUGAUGGUUUUAGGUUGCUAUAGUUUUUGAAUUUAUACAAAGCUUGGAGUGUCAAAUAAAGCAAAAUUACAUCCAAAAAUUCUAAUCCACAAUAUCAACAUGUUUAGCUGGAUAUCGCGUGUGAGUGAUGAUAAAGAAGAGCUUUUCGAGACCGUCGUCGAAGGGUUGAAGGUAAUCUAUAAGAAUAAACUGCUUCCAUUGGAGGAGGCUUAUAAUUUCCAUGAUUUUCACUCGCCGCAAUUGAACGAUGCCGAUUUCGAAGCGAAGCCGAUGAUUUUACUCGUCGGGCAGUACUCUACUGGUAAGACCACUUUCAUCAGGUACCUCUUGGAGCGAGAGUUUCCUGGCAUGCGUAUUGGACCAGAACCCACGACGGAUAGAUUCAUCGCUGUGAUGUACAACAAUAAAGAGGGGGUUAUACCCGGGAAUGCCUUGGUAGUAGACCCAAAGAAACAAUUUCGACCUCUGGGUAAAUUCGGGAAUGCUUUCCUGAACAGAUUCCAAUGUUCCCAUGUCAAUUCAGCGGUCCUAAAGUGUUUGUCUAUAAUCGACACGCCUGGUAUCCUCGCCGGGGAGAAACAACGGAUUGAUCGCGGGUAUGAUUUUGCUGGUGUGUUGGAAUGGUUCGCGGAGCGUGUGGACAGGAUUGUGUUACUCUUUGAUGCACACAAGUUGGAUAUAUCUGAUGAAUUUAGGAGAUCUAUUGAAGCCUUGAAGGGUCAUGAUGAUAAAAUCAGAAUUGUGUUGAAUAAAGCUGAUAUGAUUGAUCACCAACAACUCAUGAGGGUUUAUGGUGCUCUGAUGUGGUCACUCGGGAAAGUUUUUCAGACUCCUGAAGUUGCAAGGGUUUAUAUUGGAUCAUUCUGGGAUCAACCUUUGAGGUUUGAUGUAAACCGUCAAUUGUUUGAAGAUGAACAUCAGGAUCUCUUCAAGGACCUGCAAAGUCUUCCAAAGAAUGCCGCGUUGAGGAAAUUGAAUGAUUUGAUUAAACGAGCUAGACUUGCUAAGGUCCAUGCUUAUAUCAUUUCGGAAUUGAAGAAGGAGAUGCCCAGCGUGUUUGGUAAAGAUGGCAAGAAGAAGGAUCUCAUUAAAAACCUUGAUAAGAUUUAUGAGAAGAUGCAGAAAGAUCAUUCUAUUUCCUUAGGGGAUUUACCAAACAUAGAUAAAAUGAAGAAUGUGCUUGCAACCCAAGAUUUCACAAAGUUCCAUUCCAUAAAAUCCCGAUUAAUCGAAGUGGUUGAUAACAUGUUAUCAAUAGAUAUUGCUCAUCUCAUGGCAAUGCUCCCACAUGAAGAAGUCCGCACCUCCAAUGAAACCAACAUAUACGGAGGUGCUUUCGAGGGGUUACUAGGAGACCAUGUAUCUCCAUUCGGAUACAAACAAGGUGAAGGUAUCAACGCAGGUUUUGGUGAACCAGAUUGGAUCGUCAACCGGGACAGAGCCCAAUAUGACGCUAUCUUCGACACAUUGGAACCAAUCGAUGGGCGGGUAUCAGGAGGAGCUGCCAAAUCAGAAAUGGUCAAGUCUAAACUCCCAAAUGGGACCUUGGGCAAAAUCUGGAAACUCGCCGAUACAGACAAGGACGGAUUCCUGGAUAGAGAUGAAUUUGCUCUGGCAAUGUAUCUAAUCAACGUCAAACUCGAAGGUGGAGAAUUACCAGUUGACCUACCUCCACACCUCAGACCCCCCACAAAACCCACUUCAUCAGGAGGUCGGAGAUAAAACUAAAAAUUAAUCUCUACAGUCCAAAUUCACGUAUAACCUAAAACUGCAUCAUGUACAAAACCAAGCGUAAUAUACACGUUGUUUUCGUUG